GCGGAAAAUCGUCAUGUUCGUGGCACGCGGCAUCCAGGUUGGGUGGACGCGGCGGUCGUUGUCGACAUCGUCUGGUGGUGGGUUCCACUUUCCGUCGCCGCGAUCGCUUCAGUCUCUUGUGAAGCUGGAUGACCUGGAAAAGGAAACGCCGGACGCAAUUCGACGCAUUUGGGGCGAGUACCAUGACGCCAAGACCGACGCGUUGGGCACGUCGUUGACGGCGACCCAACUCGACACGUUGACUGCGCGAGGCAAGAAGUGUGCGUUCUUUGUCUUUCCUGUAUACCGCACCAAUGCGGAAACGAAGGAAGAAGGCUUCUUCACGAUGUUGUCCCAGUUCCAAGACAAGUGCUUUCUCCUCACGACGUUGGACGCCUACCGAGAAAACCCAUCUCAAGCCCCGCCCUGCCUCACUGUGUCGAUUUAUGACGACCUUGUGUCGUCAAAGGAGCUCGCAUUGGUGCGUGGAGAUGUCGCCAACGUCCUCGACAAGCCAGAAGCGUCCGAGUUGCUGACCGCGCUCCUCGCUCGGUACGUAGACGACGACCUGUUCAAGACCGUGGAGGCGUUCAACUUGAAGCCGCACGACUUUAACUUUGACGCGUACUUGGCAGAGUGCAAGAAGAAGCGGCAAAUCCCUUAAGAUAGAAUACGUUUCAGCCAGUAUAAAUCAACACGUUAUGCGGUGCGCAAUACUGCUUGGCAAACUGCACGCCGUCUCUCGUGGGCUGGGAGAACGCGACUUUGGUCUUUGGAA